AUGGCGCGAAUCAUCCAGUUAUGCCUUCUUCUGCUCUCAAGCAUAGGCUUUCUGGCCGCUACUCAGAAUCAGUCAGAAGAAACUGGAUGGCCACUUCACGAUGACGGCCUGACUACAGACGUGCAGUGGGAUCAUUACAGUUUCAUGAUUCAGGGCCAAAGGGUCUUCGUUUUCUCUGGCGAGUUUCAUUACUGGCGCAUACCGGUCCCUGGGCUAUGGAGAGAUAUCAUGGAGAAGAUCAAAGCUGCUGGCUUUACUGCCUUUUCCAUCUACUCGAGCUGGGCGUGGCAUUCCCCGAACAAUCACACUGUCGACUUCUCCACCGGUGCUCGUAAUAUUACGCCGAUUUUCGAUCUUGCAAAGGAGCUUGGGAUGUAUGUGAUGGUACGCCCUGGUCCUUAUAUCAACGCCGAAGCCAGCGCGGGCGGAUUUCCCCUUUGGCUUACGACUGGCGAAUACGGAACUCUGCGGAACAACGAUACGCGAUACACUGCGGCAUGGAAACCAUACUUUGAGAAAAUGUCAGAGAUCACCAGUCAGUACCAGAUCACAAAUGGUCAUAAUACUUUCUGCUACCAGAUUGAGAACGAAUAUGGCGAUCAAUGGCUCAGCGACCCCAGCCAAAGGGAUCCCAACGAGACCGCAAUCACCUACAUGGAGCUUCUUGAAAGUAGCGCCCGCCAGAACGGUAUCGUUGUGCCCUUUACGGCAAAUGAGCCUAAUCUAUAUGCGAUGUCUUGGGGUAGCGAUUGGUCCAGUGCUGGAGGCAACGUCGACGUUGUUGGCCUGGAUUCCUAUCCUUCGUGCUGGACUUGUGAUGUUAGCCAGUGUACUUCUACGAAUGGAGAGUAUGUGGCUUACCAGGUGAUUGAAUACUACGACUAUUUCCUCGAAUUCUCGCCGACGGUGCCAUCAUUCAUGCCCGAGUUCCAGGGCGGCUCUUAUAACCCAUGGGCUGGCCCUGAGGGAGGAUGCAGCGAUGACACUGGUGCGGACUUCGUCAACCUCUUCUAUCGGUGGAACAUUGCCCAGCGGGUGACGGCCAUGAGUCUUUACAUGGUGUACGGAGGAACAAGCUGGGGCGCUAUUGCUGCGCCUGUGACGGCAACCAGCUAUGACUAUUCCGCUCCGAUCUCCGAGGACCGCUCCAUUGCAUCCAAAUACUAUGAGACCAAAUUGCUGUCACUGUUUACACGCAGUGCACCAGACCUGACAAUGACCGACCUUAUCGGUAAUGGAACGCAGUACACGAACAACACGGCUGUCACUGCCUACGAGUUGCGCAACCCCGCAACCAAUGCUGGGUUCUAUGUCACGCUUCAUCAAGACUCAACCGUGGGCACCGACGUGACUUUCAACCUGCGUGUCAAUACGUCUGUGGGGGCCCUAACAGUCCCCAGACUUGGAGGCGUAAUCCGUCUCAAUGGUCAUCAGUCUAAGAUCAUUGUGACUGAUUUCGCCUUUGGCUCGGAGACUCUCCUGUAUUCUACUGCUGAAGUCCUCACUCACGCCGUCAUCGACGGCAAGCCGACCCUUGUACUCUGGGUGCCGACAGGCGAGUCCGGGGAAUUCGCUGUGAAGGGCGCGAAGACGGGAUCUGUGGCUCAAUGUCAAGGUUGUUCAAGUAUCAACUUCCAUCCAGAAAGUGACAGUCUCACUGUGGGUUUUACUCAGUCCGAGGGCAUGAGUAUCUUGCAGCUCGACAGCGAUAUUCGAGUAGUUCUUCUGGACAGGACUGCAGCUUACACUUUCUGGGCCCCUGCCCUCACUGAGGACCCUCUCGUUCCAGAGGAUGAGGCUGGUAAUAUCAUCUAUUUCCCUACCUCAUCAACUCGUGCUUACCCAUCGAUAGUCCUCAUACAAGGUCCGUAUCUUGUUCGCUCUGUCAGCUUGGAAACGUCGACACUUGAAAUCAAGGGCGACUCCAUCAAUGAAACGACUCUGGAAGCCUUUGCAUCCGAUGAGGUCAAAACCGUCACAUGGAACGGAAAGCAGUUGAAGACGUCUCAGACCUCAUAUGGUAGUCUCAAGGCUACUAUCGCUGCGCCUCCUUCCAUUCAAUUGCCGACCUUUUCAUCGUGGAAAGUCAACGACAGCCUACCGGAGGUACUCCCGACGUACGAUGCCUCCGGUCCAGCGUGGGUUGAUGCCAACCAUAUGACGACCGCCAACCCCAGCCCACCCGCCACACUACCAGUUCUCUACGCCGACGAAUACGGCUUCCACAACGGCGUCCGCCUCUGGCGCGGCUACUUCAACGGCACCGCCUCCGGCGUCUUCCUAAACGUCCAAGGAGGCAGCGCAUUCGGCUUCUCCGCCUGGCUGAACGGUCACUUCAUCGGCUCCUACCUCGGCAACGCCUCAAUCGAACAAGCCAACCAAACCUUCGUCUUCCCCAACGCCACCCUCCCAACCUCCUCAAACACCCUCCUCAUCGUCCACGAUGACACAGGCCACGACGAAACCACCGGGGCCCUAAACCCCCGCGGAAUCCUCGAAGCCCGUCUCCUCAGCUCAGACAACUCCAACGCCUUCACCCACUGGCGCGUCGCCGGCACCGCAGGCGGCGAAUCCAACCUCGACCCCGUCCGCGGCGCCUGGAACGAAGACGGACUCUACGCCGAGCGCGUCGGCUGGCAUCUCCCCGGCUUCGACGACAGCGCGUGGCCGUCCACAUCGGCACAGAACCUCUCCUUCACCGGCGCGACGGUCAAAUUCUUCCGCACUACGAUUCCCCUGGAUAUUCCACGGGGACUGGACGUGUCGAUCUCCUUUGUUCUUGGAACUCCGUCCAAUGCCCCGAGUAAUGCGUACCGGGCACAGUUGUUCGUGAACGGGUACCAGUAUGGUCGGUUUAAUCCGUACAUUGGCAACCAGGUUGACUUCCCGGUUCCGGUGGGUAUUUUGGAUUACACUGGAGAGAAUACGAUUGGAGUUGCGGUGUGGGCGCAGACGGAGGCGGGAGCGGCGAUUAGUGUUGGAUGGAAGGUGAAUUAUGUUGCGGAUAGUUCGAUGGAUGUGGCUGGGUUGGAGACGAGUAAGUUGCGGCCUGGGUGGAGUGAGGAGAGGCUGAAGUAUGCUUGA